AGAGGCCCUGUUUGAUAACAUUGGAGCACAGUCUAUGCAUUGGAGACGCUGAGAGGAGACGAGGGCGGUUUAAGUCAGUUAGCUACUUCUCAAGUAGCCAGAAGAGGAUUAAAUCAGACAAAUAUAUCUAAAACAUCAACGUGUUUGGACAGCACAUCCCCCUGCCUCUGCAUCCAGUGCUUCUCCAGUGUUUGUGCUGUCAGGGUGAUGUCAGCAGCCUGUCUCACGCGUCUGGCAAGGUGCGGUGGGCCCCAUGCAGGUCGCAGUGGGCUUUUACAAAUGGCCCUAGUCCCACUUUCAUUCCAGCAAGACAGCCACCUCCAGUUCACUAUCUUCCGAAGACAUCUUUACAGCCCUUCAGGAAGACGACACAGCAACACACGCUUUGAUCCCGACAGCAGCGGCCGCCCCACCACUUGGGAUUCAUUUGGCAUCUGGGACAAUCGUAUCGAUGAGCCCAUCCUGCUGCCCUCUAGUAUUCGCUACGGCAAACCCAUUCCUAAGGUCAGUCUAUCUAAGGUUGGCUGCGCCUCGCUCAUUGGUCAACGCAAGGAGAACGAAGACCGCUUCCAGGUCUCCCAAAUGACUGACAAUAUCCUCUACUUCGCUGUUUUUGAUGGGCACGGUGGACCAGACGCAGCUGACUUCUGUGACAAAUACAUGGAGAAAUUCAUCAAGGACCUUGUGACAGAGGAGGACAAUCUGGAACUAGUUUUAACUAAAGCCUUCCUUGAAGUAGACAAAGCUCUUGCAAAGCACUUACACUUCUCUCCAAACGGCUUUGAAGCCUUGGAUUUCCCAACUGACAUGACCCGAGCACAUUUGGUCAGAGUACCUGGGAUGAACGCAGGAAGCACCGCCACUGUGGCGCUUUUGAGGGACGGCAUUGAGCUGGUGGUGGGCAGUGUGGGUGACAGCCGUGCCAUGCUGUGUCGCAAGGGCAAGGCCCUAAAACUCACUGUCGACCACACUCCUGAGAGGAAGGACGAGAAAGAGAGGAUAAAGAGAAGCGGAGGUUUCAUUACCUGGAAUAGUCUGGGACAGCCAAACGUCAACGGCAGGUUGGCUAUGACGCGCAGCAUCGGAGACUUUGACUUGAAGAACAUGGGUGUCAUUGCUGAGCCUGAGACCAAGAGAAUAUCGUUGACCCAUGUCCAUGACUCCUUCCUGGCACUGACCACAGACGGCAUUAACUUCAUUAUGAACAGCCAGGAGAUCUGUAAUGUCAUCAACCAGUGCCAUGAUCCCAAAGAGGCAGCACAGAGAAUAUCUGACCAGGCUCUUCAGUAUGGAACAGAAGACAAUAGCACAAUUAUUGUCGUGCCCUUCGGUGCUUGGGGGAAGCAUAAAAGUUCAGACACAAGUUUCUCCUUCAGCCGAAGUAUUGUGUCCAGCGGGCGCUGGGCGUAGAUGGCAGGAUGUUGGAUGAAAAGGUGUGGUCGGUGGACCUUAUUAAUGUGUGCAAUACAAUCGAACAAUGGUGUCCUUGUGAAAACAUUAUAAAGGGUGAGGUUGGCCCAAACAAUAAUACCAGAGGGUUACAAGAUGUUAUUUAGAGUAGCAUGAUAUUUAUUCGCCCCUGAAAUAAGAGGCGGUGAAUACAUGAUGUGCACUAAAUGAAAAACAUCCUCUUUAUACAAGGUUUUAUCCACUAGCAAACCAAUGACCUUGUAGGUGCUAAAAGCUGAGAAGUUUCUGAUUGGCAGGCAGAAAUUCAAAACGUGAGCUGUCACAUAGCAAAACGUGUAGCCUUCUCUACAUGAGCUAAGAUUUUAAGGCUAGUAUUCCCAACUGUCUGCCAUUCAGAUAUUUUCUUUUAUCUAUUUAGCUGUUCAUAAGCACCCAAUUUUGCACUUUUUUUUAUUUUCAAGGUGAAAUUAACUUGGUUUCAUUUUUAAAAACAGUGAUUUUAUUAGCUGUUUUAAAGUCAGCAGUCUUUUAUUUUGGACAGUUUCUCAGUGUUGUUGUUGGACCAUAUGCAUAGAAGAAAGUGGGAAAAUAUGAUAAUUAAACCGCAUUAAUUGAACCCUUGAGAAUACAAAAUCUACUUUGAUAAUCAUAGAACCUCAUGACUUUUGAACAACUUGAGUACAAGUGUCAUGAGAAAAAAUAAGUCAGUUUCCUUUUUAUCUUGUAUAUGUUAAAGCAUCCAAAUUGGACCAUACAGAAAACUGAACAGUUUUGAAAAUUCUUAGUUUGUUUCAUGGAACGAUCGCUCUUCUAAACAUUUCUCCAUUUCUAAGAAUUUCUCAAACAAGGUUCUACACUUCUUGUUUUCAUCAUACUUUUAAAAAGUACUACAGCGCCACUGAAAAUCAUUGAUGCCUAAUUGCACAAUCUUGAGGGUCAAAGAUAAAUCAACAAAACCCUGAAUGUUCUUUGACCUGGUGUGCUAGCGGGCUGUGUGAGUGGAGCUGUUUAAAUGAACAGCACUUCAGUGGCUGAACCUGACAUUUAUAAUAAUAUGAUAUUCAUGUUUAUUGCAAUAUAAACAUAUAAGCUCAAGCUUGUGUUAAGUGUUAAUAUCUGUACUGUUUUGAGACAGGUCUUAUUAGGGCACUAAGAUGUGUUCAGGGUACAGAAAUGUACAGUUUAUGUAGUGUGAAUAAGUCUAUUUAUGUACAUCUGGAAAACAAUAGUUCUCUGUUACAUUUACUUAAUUACUCGGCUGAAGAGAAUCUCAUAUCAGAAUAUUUCACACACGCUGGACUUAAGCUUGUGUUGUGUAACUCUGUUAGUCAGUAAUUCCUAAUUUCCACCGUGUAUGUCACUCAAAGAGCAAAGCACACUUAAUGCAACACUAAAGAAUUGUUCAGCUAAGAGCCAUGUAUGACAAUGUGAAUGUUUGCUUAAAUGCCCUCCAUGACUAAAAAGAUAAUCAAACCAUGUAGGGUAUAGGAGUAAUUAAGCUGUGCAAGUCUUGGCUAACGUAAUGUGACGUCAUUUAUGGAAGACUUAGAGGUGCAGUUUGUAGAAUUUAGUGGCAUUUAGCGGAACGGAUUUUGCAGAAAUGGAAUAUAAUAUUAUAUGUAAGUGUGGUUUAAUUGGUGUAUAAUUGCCUGAAAAUAAGUAUCAUUGUGUUUUCGUUAACUCAAAAUGAACCCUUUAUAUCUACAUAUAGAUAUAUCUUCCACAGAGACGGCCAUGUUGCACCACCAUGUUUCUACAGUAGCCCAGAAUGGCCAAAGCAAACACUGGCUCUAAAGAGGGCCUUUUGCGUUUUUCACGAGUUUUGGGGCCACUGUAGCUUCUCCUAUAGUACAUGCUUGGAAUUCAGUUGGUUGCAAUCUGCAGUCUCACUGCUAGAGGUCACUAAAUCUUACACACUGGCCCUUUAAACCAUGAUCGACUGUUCAGUUUUUGUUCAUUGUUGGUAUGAUCUUUUGUUCUGUGGUUAUUGAAGCUAGACAAAUGCAACACCUCAUAUUUAUCUGCAUACUUCUUCUCUAUCUGUGAAACUUACAAAUGUUUUUCCUCAAACACCAUUUAUAAAUGUUUUGUAAAUAAGUAAAUUUUUCCCUCAUUCACUUUUUGAAAAAUAAUCUUGAUUUUAUUAUGAGGACUUUGUCUUUAUACAUAACACGUCCUGCUUACAAGCCUUCUCAUCUGUUCAAGUUAUCUAUCACAGUGUAUUCAAUUUUUCUUAACUGUAUUUUGUUUUACUGUCAAAUAUCAAAUAUAAUCACUGUAGCAGUGGACCUGUACCUGGGACCUUAAUGUGACUGUGUCAACAACACUGUUAGUACUGUAUUUUUGGUCUAAAUGGCUUGUGACACUUCAAUUAAAAAAAACUGUACAUCAAAA